CCGCCGCCGCCGCCGCCGCCGCCGCUCCCCGCGAGGCUCGCGCUCGAGCUGCGGCGCCGGCUCCCGCCGCCUGGGCCCCGGGCCCGGCCCCUCCCGCGCCGCCCGGGCGAUGAGAAGCUGCUUCUGCGUGAGACGGAGCCGGGACCCGCCGCCGCCACAGCCGCCGCCGCAGCCGCCCCAGCGGGGAACAGACCAGUCCACCAUGCCUGAAGUGAAAGACCUCUCGGAAGCCUUGCCGGACACCUCGAUGGACCCCCUCACGGGGGUCGGGGUGGUGGCUUCGCGGAACCGCGCCCCGACAGGCUACGACGUGGUCGCACAGACGGCAGAUGGCGUGGACGCUGACCUCUGGAAAGACGGCUUAUUUAAGUCCAAGGUCACCAGAUACCUGUGUUUCACGAGAUCGUUUUCCAAAGAAAACAGCCACCUGGGGAACGUGUUAGUGGAUAUGAAGCUCAUUGACAUCAAGGACACGCUGCCUGUGGGCUUCAUCCCGAUUCAGGAGACGGUGGACACACAGGAGGUGGCUUUUAGAAAGAAGAGGCUGUGCAUCAAGUUCAUCCCCCGGGACUCGACGGAAGCCGCCAUCUGUGACAUUCGGAUCAUGGGCCGGACCAAGCAGGCCCCUCCUCAGUACACGUUCAUCGGGGAACUGAACAGCAUGGGGAUCUGGUAUCGAAUGGGCAGAGUCCCAAGAAACCAUGACUCAUCUCAACCCACGACGCCUUCCCAGUCGUCAGCUGCUUCUACCCCAGCCCCCAACCUGCCCAGGCACAUCUCUCUAACGCUCCCUGCCACCUUCCGAGGCAGGAACAGCGCGCGGACGGACUAUGAGUACCAGCACUCCAAUUUGUAUGCCAUAUCAGGUGACUCGCUAAGAGCCGAGGGAGCCCACAAACUCGCCCGCGAUUACCCUGGGCCGCCAGGCAGGGCGUCGGAACACACGGGGGAGGUGGUAAGUCGGGGCCACUUACCAGCACACGCCCUUAAUGCAAUGGAUGGGGUGCCGUUCAUGAUAUCAGAGAAGUUUUCGUGCGUUCCAGAAAGUAUGCAGCCCUUUGACCUCUUGGGAAUCACUAUCAAGUCUUUGGCAGAAAUCGAAAAAGAGUACGAGUACAGCUUCCGCACGGAGCAGAGCGCCGCGGCCCGGCUGCCGCCCAGCCCUACCAGGUGUCAGCAGGUGCCGCAGUCCUGAGCCCGGGCCGCCCGCGGGGAGCAGACACCUCCUGCUACACUACUGACCCCGUCCCUCCCUCCCUGCCCGAGCCGGGAGACUGGGCAGCCUGCCUGACGGGACACCCCAGCCUCCUGGGACCUCACUCACAAUCGCGACUAACCCGUGUGUACUGUAGCAGCCGGCGCGGCCGACCGGCCUCGGCGGCCUCGGCUGUUCGCCAAGAAGCCUUUCCUGCGUGGGCGCCUGAUGGCCCCGGGCCCCCCCUCUCCUGACGGUCACCCGCCACGGGGGUCCCACGAGGCCGCUUCCCUCCUGGAGGACGUGGGGUCGGUGGCUUGGUGGGGCUGCUGUGGCACAAGUCCCUCUCGUCUGGGUCAGGUGCCUGGACAUUUCCCACAGCCUGGGGCCUCGUCUGACCUCCCCCGGGCUCGUCACGCAUGGCACCCCCGGAUGCCUGGCUCCAGGGAGAAGGCCGAUGGGGCCUGCUCGCCAAAGGGCUUGGCUGUGUGUCACCUGUGUGCCAACGACAGUUCCAACUGCCCAGCCCAGUGCCGACAGGUGGGCCCCCCCGGCGGCCACACCCCAAGAUGGUGCCAGCCCUGGAGGACACAAGCAACCCGACUCCCGGGCACCUGCUGACCAGAUCACCGACGGGUCCAGGACCACAGCUCCUCGCCUGUCUGCUGGAGGACGCCAGAUUCACUCACACGCCCAUCUGCCCCGAGGGCCUCACCCGUGGACUGCUGGCGCCGCCGCGCCUGUCCUAGUGCCAUCUGUGGGGGUGGCCACUGCCACUGCACCUCCCGGGAUGGCCCACGAGUGGCUGAGUGGCCGAGGCGUUAAAGGGACAGGAGCAAGAGCCGGCCCAGAGUCGCCCAUGAGGUGGGCAGGGCCGAGAGAUACCUCACGCACCUGCACCAGCCCCUGAGGCCACCCGGGGCCCCUGUGUAAACUGCAGCAGCUGCCUGGCCCGCCCACCCGAGCCCCGCAGUCGGGCCAUCGGGUGGGCCUGGCCCCCGGCACAGAGCCUUCCGGGAGGGUGGGCUCCGCGGAAGUGGGGUGCUCCAGACCCGCAGAGGGGCAGCCCACCGCCUCCCGCUGUGCGCCUCUGGCCGGUAACACCUGACGGUCUCUCCUGCCGAGACCAAGGCUGCGGCAUUUGGGGAGCCCUAAGGGGCCCUGGAAGGUGAGGUGGCAACCACAUAGGACCCCUCGCCCGAGAGCAAGAAGGGUGGAGGGAGGACGCGGCCCCCGGCACGGCCACCAGCGAGGCAGGCGUCCCCAUAGCAUCUCAUGUAACAUUGACUGUGAACGUCCCGGCACGCGUGAUGCAGCCCACGUCACUCCCGCCCCUCCGUGUCCUGAGUGUGGGAGAGGAGGAGCAGGCACGUGGGUGACCGCGGAGGUGCGUGUGUGGCUCCCGCCGAGCGACCCUUGUGUCUGGGGGGAGGGGGUGCAUUUUUCUCACAAAUCCUGUGGCCACUGUGGGAAGGGAAGGCCCAGGAUCCUGUUAGAAACAUGAAGGGCCAUGGCCUCAUCCCGGGGGCACAGCGGGUCCCACGGCGACCCGGGACACAGGGCCAGGCGACACCCAAGGUGCUGAGAGCAGGGUGCUGGCCCAAGAGUGUGGUGAGGCCCCUGUCCCCUCCCCACGCCCGAGAACUGACGCCAGCCCCAGGGCCCCGGUCCCAGGGCAGCAGUGGACCAGGUCUGCUCACUUGGCGGCCGUGGUGCCAGGCCCGCAAAGCACACGUCCCCUGCCCGCCCCCUGACACCGAGAAGCCCAGAGCGGGCGUUCCUCGCUCCGUGACAGCCGAGGAAGCCGAGCCCUGGCUGGUAGGCGGCGGCACCGGACCUGGCCCCGCACCCAUGGCGCCAGCCGCCCAGCACAAGCACACAUCCGGGCUGACCUCUUGUUCCUGGUCCUGUCACGGAACUCCCCGGGCCCGCCCCAGCCCACGGCCAAGGCCAAGGGCGAAGGGGCCCCCACGCCGGCACCUCAGGUCAGCCCGCCGCCCUCGCCUCCUGCUGUGGCCCAGGGCAGCUGCGGCCAACACCACCACACCAGCCGUGCGGGCUGCUGGGUGCGGGCGAGGUGGCGGGAGCUCACUGUGAGACCGUCUGCGUCCUUCCUAGAAUUUGUUAAAUAAACGUUUGUUCUAACCUC